UUUUUUUUUUUUUGGUAAAAUUUUCCCACUUGUCUAAUUUCUUUUUGAAAGCAACAGUAAAGUACAGAAGAAUGUUUUUGUAAACUUCUCCCUUAUGUUGUAUGCCUACCUAAAGGCAUACUUCCACUUGCAGGACAGCAUAGUGUCUUAAAUGAACCACUGAUUUUUCAUGAAUUUUUUUCCUGUGAUUAUGCAAACUUGCACCUUGUCUUUGACAGUAGAAAUAAAAUCAUAAAUCUGAUUUUGCAUAUUUGCUGUAAGGUUGGCCCAGAGUAGCAAGGCACAAAAUCAAGACCAUGGUACUUGAAAUUUUUUAAAUCCUAAAAAUAUAUUCCAUUAGAUGAUAUAAUUUAAUUAUACUCCAAAUGUUUUAUCUAAAAUGCAUUUUCUGUCUUUUCCUUUUUACUCUUGUCCUCACUUUUAAUGAUCCAUCGGCUGACAGUGUCUUUACAUCCAAAAUGCAAAGCAGACAAAUGGGCAUAUCAGGGAAGAACAUGACAAAAAGCACCAGCAUCAGUGGAGACAUGUGCUCACUGGAGAAGAAUGAUGGCAGCCAGUCUGACACUGCAGUGGGCGCCUUGGGCACCAGUGGCAAAAAGCGGCGCUCUAGCAUUGGUGCCAAAAUGGUAGCUAUUGUUGGUCUGUCACGGAAAAGUCGCAGUGCUUCUCAGCUCAGCCAAACGGAAGCAGGAGGUAAAAAACUAAGGAGCACUGUCCAAAGAAGUACAGAAACAGGCCUGGCCGUGGAGAUGAGGAACUGGAUGACUCGACAAGCAAGCCGCGAGUCUACAGACGGCAGCAUGAACAGCUACAGCUCAGAAGGAAAUCUGAUUUUCCCUGGUGUUCGCUUGGCCUCUGAUAGCCAAUUCAGCGAUUUCCUGGAUGGCCUUGGCCCUGCUCAGCUGGUGGGACGCCAGACUCUGGCAACACCUGCAAUGGGUGACAUUCAGGUAGGAAUGAUGGACAAAAAGGGACAGUUGGAGGUAGAAAUCAUCCGGGCCCGUGGCCUUGUUGUAAAACCAGGUUCCAAGACACUGCCAGCACCAUAUGUAAAGGUGUAUCUGUUAGAUAACGGAGUCUGCAUAGCCAAGAAGAAAACAAAAGUGGCAAGAAAAACGCUGGAACCCCUUUACCAGCAGCUAUUAUCUUUCGAAGAGAGUCCACAAGGAAAAGUUUUACAGAUCAUCGUUUGGGGAGACUAUGGCCGCAUGGAUCACAAAUCUUUUAUGGGAGUGGCCCAGAUACUUUUAGAUGAACUAGAGCUAUCCAAUAUGGUGAUCGGAUGGUUCAAACUUUUCCCUCCUUCCUCCCUAGUAGAUCCAACCUUGGCCCCUUUGACAAGAAGAGCUUCCCAAUCAUCUCUGGAAAGUUCAACUGGACCUUCUUACUCUCGUUCAUAGCAGCUGUAAAACUGUUGUCACAGCAACCAGCGUUACA